GUCAACACUUGAACGGCCAGGGUGGCGCUAGUGUCAUACAUCCCACGUAAGGUAUGAUGCUUGUAUCAUACCUUAAUCCCACGUGUAGACAACCCAAAAUGUCAUGUAUUCUAAAAGAAAAUGCAUUCGACUGCAGGGUGAGUUCAGUGCUGAAUAAGGAGGUGAAAAGCUAUGGAAAGCAAUUUAUGUUCGAUGACAGCGACGAGACUUGUUGGAACUCUGAUUCAGGAAUUCCCCAGUGGAUUCUAAUUAAUUUGAAAAGCGAAUGCGAAUUAUCAAGGGUUGAGAUCCAGUUCCAGGGAGGUUUUGCUGGGAAAACCUGUCGCCUGGAGGCGAAAUGCGACGAAAAAACUCUGAGGCAUAUUCAACAUUUUUACCCUGAGGACACAAAUACCAUUCAAACUUUCAAAUUGGACCGGCCAAUCAGGGCCAGUGGAUUUAAAAUAAUAUUCGAAGAAAGUACAGACUUUUUUGGUAGAAUAAUCAUCUACAAACUCUCUCUGCAUUCCUGAAAUUCAUCAGCAAAUCCAGAAUCGAAACGAUAAAGCGAGAGAAUUCGAAUCUUCGAAUUUUCUCAAUUAUCACACCAUUAUCUCGAAAACUAUAGACCUGACCAAAAAACGCUUCCCGAAUUUUUUGAAGCGACUCAACUUUCCUACAAAAAAUCUCUUCUCCUAUUUCUUCUCAAAAUCGAUAUUUUUCGAGAUAAAACUGAUAUUGAAAAUGUUAAACUCGAAUUUAAAAUCACCUCAAUGCACUGAAAUAUUUAAAAAAUAAAUUUUUAUAUUAAUACCAUUAAUAAAUAAAAUAAUGAUGUUUAUAGAAAAGAAGGACUUGUUGAUAUGUUUUUAUUUUUAUUCCACAACAGUUAAUAGAUAAACCGUCAUAUUCUCAUGGAUAAUCAUAUAAGAUAUUUACAAAUGUAAAUGUCUGAUAUAAAAAUUAGUAAUUUAUGAAAAAGAAAAAAUGUUUGAACCUUAUUCAAUCUUACCCUAAACUCCCGAGAAACAACGACUGCUCUUCCUCGAUAAUGUCUUCAAAUUAAAACAAUUUCAAUUUGACAUUUUCAUGGAUGGAAUACGUAGUUCAAUUGGCCUCGAAAUAUUUAUCAUUAAACUUGUUACAUAAAUAUCGAUUAAACAGUCGAGUUGCAUUUAUCAAUCACUUACGUGUUAGACUAAGGAGGGAAAA